AUGAUCACCACGACUUCAACUAGGUUUCCCGUGAGAACUUCACAUAGAGAUAGAAGAACUUUAGAAGAGGCAUCAAAUAGCCAAAGAAGUCCUUUUCAUCCUGAGGCAAAAGAAGAUAAAGAGAUUCAAGUACUAGAGCUGGAGGAUGCUUCUCAAAUAUCCAUCUGUAACAUCAGUUUACUUAUUGCUGGUGAGUACGGGCAAACUAUGUACAACCCUAAUCUUCUGAAGUACACUUGCCAAAUUGAAUGCAGCAAAAGAGAAAGUGACCCAUUUGCAACUGAAGAUCAUGUAGGACGUGACCGAAGCAUUGCAGUGCUACUAUCAAAGCCUGUAAUGGCUCUAGAAUUAAAUUUUCUGACUAUGCAAGUCGAAGCUCCAAAAAUUGUCCGUGCUCAGUCCUGGAAGAAUUAA